UUUGGAGUAUAACGAUGGCACAUUUUAAAGCAAAGGGGAGACCCACUGGGAAAACUCCCGGAACAGAGUGAGAGAAGACGGCAGCAGUUUCUCCUCCCUCAUCUUUGCCUCUGCAGGCAUUUCUUCUUUUUUGGGGAGGAGAAUGGGGGCUGGAGCUCUGACCAUCUGUCACAACAAGACAGCGGUUCAGAUCAAAGAGGACAUGAAGAAGAUGGUCAGGGUACCGGUGCCGCGACCCCCGUCAGCGACGGCCGGGUACACCGAGCUGUUCGGAGUGUCCCUGUUUGAGCUGCGGGAGAAGGGUCUGGUGGAGGAUGGUGUGCCUCUGGUGUUGAGGAGGAUGGUUGAGCAUAUCCGUGAGCAUGCCUUGCAUCAGGAGGGUCUGUUCAGGGUGAACGGGAACGUGCGCGCCGUGGAAACCCUGAAACAGCGCCUGGAGAGCGGAGAGGAUGUGGACCUUCUCGCUGAGUCGGAUUCAUCUACGGUGGCCAGCUUGCUCAAACGGUACCUGAGGGACCUGCCAAUGGGUCUGGUGGACCCGACCGUCCAACAGGCGCUGAUACAGCACUACCAAGAGAGCGGAGAUGACGUAUCUUGGUCAGAUAUGAGAGACCUGCUGCGGCAGCUCCCGGAUGUUCACCUCAGCCUCCUCCGGUACCUCUGCCACUUCCUCACGCAGGUGGAUCGCAACCACAAAGAAAACCGCAUGACUGCCCUCAACCUCGCCACCGUGUUUGGACCCAGCGUCUUCCACGUGGGCCCUGGAUUGGAAGCAAUAAAGGACCAGAACAUCUGCAACAAGAUUAUGGUCAAGUUCAUCCAGAACUACAGCAAUCUGUUUGAGAUCGCCGGAGACACAGAAGGCUGCGCAGACAAACUGUCGACCCUCGUUACUGCCGAGGAGGUAAAUAUGACCGAUGCAGACACAAUGAAGUCACCCAGUGACCUCGACGCAAACCCACUGACACCGGCUCCCACAACCAAGAAGGGACAGAAGAACGCACCACAAAAUGCAGAAGUCCUGAACAAUUCCUCCACACAUGCUCCCAAGGCGAGGCCGAGGAAAAAGAAGGCGAAGAACGGUUCGAGCGGCCGCAUGACUGCGGUCACCCCUGGCCCAAGCCACUCCGCUUGGUCGCCGGAUGCCAGGUACCUCUCCAUACCAAUAAUGCUACCACUGACCUCGGCGCUGAGAAGCCUCGGUCCAGAGCCGAUGGAGACGGCUCGCCAAGAAGCCCCGGACACCGCUUCGGCACUCGGCCACCUCCACGCCGACCCCGCCUGCGACAUGGAGGCCGUCAGCAGCUCUGACGAAGAAGACCGAACAAUAUCACCUUUUUAUAUGAGUAACCAUCUCUCUCCUGUCCACUUCAAGCCAGAUGUGGGAAAUUUUCUGGACAGGACGAUUCGUUCGGCGGUGGUGCAGCACCUCUUCGAUGGAAACCCUUCAGGGGAUCAAAGUUCAGAGGACGGUGAUUUAAACCUACGUCCAACACCUCCGAGGCCAUCUGCCCGACAGAGACGUCGACACCAGAGGGAGCAACGGGAGGACGGGCUGAGACUCGAGGAGAGAAACGGCGGAGCCACGUCCGACCGAGCCGACACCAACAAGGAGAACGUCCCCCUGAGCCGUGGGAGCAGUGGGAGCAGUGGGAGCAGUGGGAGCGGCGCAGGGGAGGACACGGGCAGCAGCGGGGACUCACGGGGAGGCCACGGCGGCCACGCGCAGCGAUCCCACAAACACGGGAAGUGGAAACGCGGCCCGGCGCUGGUACAGCUCACCGACCACCGGGACACAGUGAGCGCAGAAUGUGUCUGUGAGAGACCCGGAGCAAACCACAUGGAGACACCUGACAAAGAGAAUAAAAAAUCAAGAAAAGACGGGAUUCCUUUUCCUCGAAGGACGCUCAGGAUGAAGAUCCAGGAGUCGCCCGUCGCGUGCGACGCGGGGAGGGUCGGCGGCGGCGGCGGAGGAGGAGAGGCGCGAGGCUCCGACCAGGAGCGCGAGGAGGUGCCUCGUCUGGACCUGACGGGACUUACUGAGGAAAACAACUGGGGAGAUUCUCCGUUCUUUAACACCCCCUUCCUUGAUUUCAAAACCAUUUUUCCUCCAAGUUGUUGUGAUGAGCCGGUCCCAGCGUACCCUCACAUGCAGAGGGAGAGCAUGGACCGCGAGGAGGCCCGCCUGUCCCCCCACGCCGGGGGACGUUUGAUCCGCCAGCUGGUUGAGGAGGACACCGACCCGAUGCUGUCACCUCGUUUCUAUGGCUACGGACAGUGCCAGCAGUACCUGGACGACACCGAAGUGCCUCCCUCGCCUCCAAACGCACACUCGUUUGUCAGCCGCAGGAGGAGUUCGUCCCUCGGCUCCUGCGACGACGACAGAGAGGAGCUGACGUCCGCUCAGCUCACAAAGAGGAUUCAUGUGCUGAGGAAGAAGAUCCACAGGUUUGAGGAGAGGUUUGAAGAGGAGCGUAAAUACAGGCCCUCCCACUGUGAUAAAUCUGAAAACCCAGAGGUGCUGAGAUGGGUUAAUGAACUGGCUAAGCUUCGCAAAGAGCUAAAAGAAAGCAAGCUGAUGAAGUCUGAGGAAGACCUGCCGCCUCUGACCCGCCAGCGCAGCAACACGCUGCCCAAAAGCUUCGGCUCACAGCUGGAGAAGAAACCCCCGCAGGAGAAAGUGCCGAAGCCCCCGGUGGAAAGCAGCCUGGAGACGAUUCUGAAGAAGCUGCAAGAGAAGAGAGAGGAAGUGAACCGUCCAGAAGACAUCAAGGAUAUGACGCGGGAGCAGAUCGGAGCGGAGAAGGUCGCCCUGCAGAAGGCUCUUCUCUACUACGAGAGCAUACACGGUCGACCCGUCACCAAGAGCGAGAGGCAAAUCAUGAAGCCCCUGUACGACCGGUAUCGUCUGGUGAAGCAGAUCCUGUGCAGAGCCUCGACCAUCCCCGUCAUUGGCUCUCCUUCCAGCAAGCGCAGAGGGCCCCUCCUUCAGCCCAUUAUCGAGGGCGAAACCGCACUCUUCUUCGAUGACAUCAAGGAGGAGGAGGACGGCUCGGAGGACGAGGGAGACGCAAAGACGCAGUUCAGCGUGACGGCGCCGGCGGACGCCGGCGUGCUCGGCUUCCUGGACCACGUGGAGGAGGAAGGCGACGGUUUCAUUUCACCCGUGGACGAACUAUCGCCCUCCAAGAACACGACGGACAUGAGGCUGUCCAACCUGCACGCCGCCACCGCGCAGGAACUCGUGGAGCAACUCCAAGAGACCCGAGAGGAGAAGAAGAGACUUCGCAAGAACCUGAAAGAGUUUGAGGAACAGUUCUUUAGACAAAAUGGAAGAAAUGUGCAGAAGGAGGACCGCUCCCCCUUGGCAGUGGAGUACAACGAAUACAAGCACGUUAAAGCCAAACUGCGGCUGCUGGAGGUUCUCAUCAGCAAAAGAGAGUCCACAAAAUUGACCUGAGACGGCGACGACAACAACAACAACAACAACAACAACAACAAAAAGAGACUAUUAAAUGACUUCAGAGGGACAAACGCAUCCCACCAGGUUUGAGAAAAAUGUCUUGAUUUUCCUCAGCGCGGACAUCUGUGCCGCUGGUGUUUCUGGCCGAGGGGGAAACCGUUUCUGUCGAGCUCCGCUGGGUUUUCCCUCCGGAGCCGGCAGGGAGUCGCCAAUUUGAAGCGUCAAAGUCACCUGAGAAGUUCCCCCUUCAACAAACACCUCUCCUUCCCAAGAGGACGUUUCUUGAGACGCACUCAGAUAUAAUGAAUUGCAGUUUUAUUGCUAAUAAUUUAUUUCUAUAUUUUUGAAUGUUUUUAUUGUAAAACAAAUGUUAUUUUUCUGACGCUUUGCUGUAGAGGUCUUAAAGAAAAUCGUUGUAAGUAAAAUAAUAGAUAUGUAUUGCUAUUUUGAAAGAAGGAUUUUUGCGAUUAAGAUGUUUGUGUAUUUUUGUAAGGGAGACUUUACCAUUUGUAUAACUUCAAUCAGCGUAUUCGGCAUUCAGUUAAUGUUAAUAGCUUUCUCUAUUCCUGUUUUGACCAUCAUGUAAUAUACAAAACAAUCCGUUGUUUCUUGUCUUAAAGUAUUUGCUCACUAAAAUAAGUGGUUUCUGUAAUACAACCCAAAGACUCAGAGUACAAACUACUAACCAAAAUAGCUCAAUCUCAAUAAAACAACUACUUUUACUUACAAAUUAUUUUUGUGAUCACUGGUACUUAAACAUUUAACUGUAUAUCUUCUGCGUUUUCUCUAUUUACCUCGUGUCAAAUAAGCUAUUUGUCUUGAAAUCUGUUGUUUUUGCUCCCAUUCAUAGACUUGGAUGUUUGUGAGGUGACUCAAAAGCUGAAAUCUUUUUUACAGCGGUGUGUUUUUCCUUCUCAUCUUCCUUUAGAGCUUUUGUAAAUAUGGAUCACCUUUUGUAUGUUUACAUUUCUGUGAGCGAGUACAUUUUCCCUUUCUUUCUCCAAAAUGGAUGAUUUAUCAGUGUGAAUUUCGUUUACUGAAUGUAAACACUGGCAAGGCUUAAUGAAUUUUAAGUGUGUACAUUUUAGUACAUAAAUUGUAUUUUGUAUAUAAUAUGAAUUAAAUCAUAUUUUUAAGAGUUC